UUGAUUCAGCUUGGCAAUUUCUGUGGCACUCAAGACCAUUUUGGAAAGGAAAAAUGAAGAGAACUUCAGGGACAUUUUGAGCCAGCCCUAUAAUUUGGGCAAAGAGGGCUCUUCAGUUGCAGGCUUGCAAUGAGGAUCUUGUGUAUUUCUGCUUGAAGUAUGGACCCUCCAGGCAUCGUUGAAUUCCAGUUCCCAUCAGCCCCAGCCACCACAGGCAAGAGUCCGGGAUGGUGGAAGGGACUCCAUGGUGGACAUGGGCAGAGCUCUGACAAACACCCUGCUGCUGUCCAUGGUGCUGGGCUGUUCAGCUGUCCUCAUGGAUAAUUUGUUGUCAAGCUCCAGGGAACCAGUGGUAACUGUGGCUGUUGUUUUUGGAGGCUCUUCAUACCCUCUCCAAGUCCGCAGCCGGCUGACACACCAAAGCUUCCUGGAUAUGCCUCUGGAGAUCCACCCAGUCACAGUGGUAGUGAAUGACACCAAUCCCAGCACGCUCUUGACCCAAAUCUGUGACAUGCUGUCCAACACAAAGAUCCAUGGGAUUGUCUUCGAGGACAACAUUGGUACUGAAGCCGUGGCACAGAUCCUUGACUUUGUCUCAUCCCAGACCCAUAUACCUAUCAUUAGUAUCAGUGGAGGAUCGGCUGUGGUCCUGACACCCAAGGAGCCUGGCUCUGCCUUUCUACAGCUAGGUGUCUCAAUUGAACAGCAGAUACAGGUGAUCUUCAAAGUCUUGGAGGAAUAUGACUGGAGUUCCUUUGCUGUUAUCACCAGCUUAUAUCCUGGAUACAGUGUCUUCUUGGAUGUGAUAUGGUCUUUCACAGAUGCCAGCUAUUUUGGCUGGGAGAUCCAAGUUGUCCUGACCUUUGAGAUGUCCCAGGAUGGGAGCAACUCCAAAGUCCAAAGGAUGCUGCGUCAGAUAGAUGCUCAGGUGAUGAUUGUGUACUGCUCACGUGAGGAGGCGGAGUAUCUCUUCCAAGUGGCAGAGCAGGCUGGUUUGAUUGGGCCUGGCUAUGUCUGGAUUGUGCCUAGCCUGACGCUGGGGAACAUGGAUGUCCCGCCCACUUCUUUCCCAAUUGGCCUUAUCAGUGUGGUCACUGAGAGCUGGAAAAUGAGCCUGAGGCAAAAGGUCCAGGAUGGUGUGGCUAUCAUCGCCCUCGGAGCAGAGAGCUAUUUCAAUACCCAUGGCUACCUCCCCAUGGUGGGUAGAGACUGUGACAACAAGACACCUUCCAGUGUACCCACAAACAACACUUUCUACAGGCAUUUGCUUAAUGUGACAUGGGAAAACAGGGAUUUCUCCUUCAACGAAGGCGGCUACUUGGUGAGGCCUACUCUGGUGGUGAUCUCAUUGAACCGGCAUCGGCUCUGGGAGAUGGUGGGGAAAUGGGAGAAAGGGAUCAUCCAAAUGAAAUACCCAGUGUGGCCACGGUAUGGAUCCUUCCUGCAGCCCAUGGCCGAUGGCCGCCACCUCACAGUAGCCACCCUCGAGGAGAGGCCGUUUGUGAUUGUGGAGAAGACGGACCCAACCACAGGAGUGUGCGUGCGCAAUACUGUCCCCUGCCGGGAGCAGGCCAACCACACAAAGAGUGGGGAUGAACCUAUGGACCCCUAUACCAAGCUCUGCUGCAAAGGCUUUUGCAUUGAUAUCCUAAAGAAGCUAGCCAAGACGGUGAAGUUCUCCUACGACCUCUACCUGGUGACAAAUGGAAAGCAUGGAAAAAUAGUUGAUGGUUUCUGGAAUGGCAUGAUUGGUGAGGUGUAUUACAAGCGAGCAGACAUGGCCAUUGGGUCCCUCACCAUCAACGAGGAGCGCUCACAGAUCAUAGAUUUCUCUGUGCCCUUUGUGGAGACUGGCAUCAGUGUCAUGGUAGCAAGGAGCAAUGGGACCGUCUCCCCUUCUGCUUUUCUAGAACCCUACAGUCCGGCCGUGUGGGUGAUGAUGUUUGUGAUGUGUCUCACUGUCGUUGCUGUCACAGUCUUCAUGUUUGAAUAUUUCAGCCCUGUCGGCUACAACCAGAAUUUAACCAGUGGCAAAAAAUCCGGGGGACCAUCCUUUACUAUUGGCAAGUCAGUCUGGCUGCUGUGGGCUCUGGUUUUUAACAAUUCAGUUCCCAUUGAAAACCCCAAAGGCACUACAAGUAAGAUCAUGGUGCUCAUCUGGGCCUUCUUUGCUGUAAUCUUCCUGGCAAGCUACACUGCAAAUCUGGCAGCAUUCAUGAUCCAGGAGCAAUAUAUUGAUACAGUCUCUGGGCUGAGCGAUAAGAAGUUCCAAAAGCCUCAGGAGCAGUACCCCCCAUUCCGGUUUGGAACAGUUCCCAACGGCAGCACAGAGAGGAACAUUCGGAGCAACUACCAUGACAUGCACUCCCAUAUGGUGAAAUAUAACCAGCGCUCAGUGGAGGAUGCUCUAAUCAGCCUCAAAAUGGGAAAGCUGGAUGCAUUUAUAUAUGAUGCUGCAGUGCUCAACUACAUGGCAGGCAAGGAUGAAGGUUGCAAGCUGGUGACCAUUGGCAGUGGGAAAGUCUUUGCCACUACCGGCUAUGGCAUUGCCCUCCAGAAGGACUCCAAGUGGAAGAGGUCAAUUGACUUAGCCCUUCUACAAUUCCUGGGAGAUGGUGAAACCCAGAAACUGGAGACUGUGUGGUUGUCCGGGAUCUGCCAAAAUGAAAAGAAUGAGGUGAUGAGCAGCAAGCUAGACAUUGACAACAUGGCGGGAGUAUUCUACAUGCUGCUGGUGGCCAUGGGGCUGAGCCUGCUCGUCUUUGCCUGGGAACACCUUGUGUACUGGAAGCUGCGGCAUUCUGUUCCCAAGUCUCACAAGCUAGAUUUCCUUCUGGCUAUAAGCAGGGGCAUUUACAGCUGUUUUAAUGGAGUCCAGAAUUUGGAAAGCCCUGUUCGUGUCCACAAACCUGACGUCACUGCUAACUCUGCUCAAGCCAAUGUGCUGAAGAUGCUGCAGGCUGCCAAGAACAUGGUGUCAACAGCCAGCGUGGGGAACUCAUUAGAGAAUGCUACACGCACCAUUGAGAAUUGGUCUAACAGGAGUGAAAACCUCCAAACCACCUUCUCCUUAAGGCCUGCUCAACUUGUUGUUCAGAACACCAGUGGGCCCUACAGGCCAUCUCAUUCCUUUAAUGCAGCAGCAACUGAAAAGCUUGCGAAACCUAUUCCACCAUCUCUUCCUCCACUCCAGCAGCCUUUGGUGCCAGCCUGUGAAAACUGGAGAGGGGCAAUGGAGCAGCCACAGAUAUUUCAUCCACUAAAGUUCCACGGUAGCUAUUCCGAGGAUAAGGUUCUGCCAGGUUCCACUGUGAACAGCUCCCCACACUACAUGGUACAACCCACACCUCAAACCCAUUUCAGAAACCAUGUGCCACUUAGAAACCACCUUAGUGCUGCUCCUCAUUCUCCAGAAAGGUCUUUUAGGGAGCUUCCUCCACCUGAGCAUAAAUAUAAGCUCUCUAUGGCCAGAGGGUGCGGGAAAGAAAGAUUCCACCAGAAUGUUCACCUGGUAUAUGGAGAAGGUAGUCAUGACAGCUCAGCCCAAGCAGAGCGUCUGGUUUCCAUUUCUGAGAAGAGAAAGGAGUUAGAAAGCCCACCUCAUGCCUGCAUGCAUUAUUCCAUCCCAAAAGCCAACAGGACUUGUAGACCGUUUCCAUAUAAAGACUCUGACUCAAUAGAGCUAAGGAGAGAGAAGCAGAACCAUAAAGCUAAUCUCUUGAGGUCAGCCUGGAAGCAUCAUGGAAAGUCCUUGGCCUAUGGGGAAGUGCCAGAUCUCUUCCCCAAAGCUGGCCUGGCUCAAAAACCAACAUCAGUGCCUGGAAUCCAUCCCUAUUCUACCAAUGUCCUUCAGCCAAACUAUACAUGCAAUAGAAAAUGUGUGGAGGCCAGUGGCUUAUCUUGGAAGGACCAAAGGCUGCUGCAUUCACAGUCCACAAGGCUCCCCUCAUACCGGGAGGCCUGCCUACAAAACACCUCAGGCAUGCACAGGGCUUCUUCUACAGUGGUGCACAAGCAGUAUGCAUACAUGAACUCUUACACAAACCUGCCUAUUUACUGGGGGCACCUUUGCCAGGGCUCUCCUCAACUGUGCGAACAGUCCAGUGCCACCCCGCACUGCUUCACUCCAGCUCCCUGGUCUCCUUGCAGCAGGGACUUCUUGGUCCAUGAGGAUGGUCAGAGGACCAUGUACUUUGGUAGCCCAUACAGAGACUGCAGGGACAGGAACAGGGUGGAUCCAACAUUUCUUCAGAUGGUAAAUACUGAGAGGAGAGAUUUCCUGACAACCCAGAGGAUGCACAGCCCAUAUGCAGCGAGAUCUUGGAGGCGUAUAUCUAGCCUGGAAUCUGAAGUCUGAUAGUGGGAGGGGGGGAGGAUGCUAGGGCUCUUGAUACUUGAUUGGAGACCAUAGAUAAUGACUUUAUUAAGGUCAAGAGACAGACCUUCCAAAUUAUCAAGUCUGCUUCUCCCUGUUAAGCUGGUAUCAACAGAAAGAUCUAUGUAUCUUCAGUACUACCCUGGCUCAAUGUAAGAGCAAGUGACUUUUCUCUUUCAUCUAUGAAUGGACCAAAACAAAAAACAAAGCAGGAACAGUUGAAGGCACUUUAAUGAUUGGAUUCCAAAGUCUUCCAUUGCUGGGCACCGGGACACUCAUCACAUGCAAGACUACUCUCUCAUGGUGGUGAUUCACAGUCAUGCUGCCUCUGUGGAUAGCUUAAAAAGCAUCAGUUGCAAUGUCAACCAUCUGCAUCAGUUGCAAUGUCAACCAGUUAUCUUUCAGCGCAUGGCUGUCUGUGACACAGCUGGAGAUGACCAACAGCCUCCUAGUGAAAAUUAGGACUAUCUUGCUUUCCCAUAAUGCAUUGAUAUAAAUGGGGACUGUAUAAUGGACUUAACAGGUACACAGUAUAUUUUUAGUGUUUUACAUUACUUUCUGGUUCCUCAUAAAGAGUCCAAAAUGCCAAAUGGAGGUUAUUAAAUACACACUUCUUAAAAUGUAUUCACAUCCUUUCCUUUCUCCUUCUUCCUUUUCGCCACAUUGUUUAAGGCUGCCUUCCCCAAUGUCCCUAAAGUUGAGUGUACUAGGACAUGAGACAUCCCUAGAUCUUGCCUUCAUCUCUCUCUUUCUCU